AGUCCCACAGACUGUUCCGCCAGUUCAGUGUGUUUGAUCAGAAGUUAAUUAAAAGCUUAGCUUGUCCCUUUUCUCUGUUUUGUCUUUCAAUCAUGGCAGAAAGUAUGAUUGGCAUUGUGCUUGAUGUGUCCAACUCUAUGGAGAGUGCAUACGCGUUGGAUCGAUCUCAUGAUGCUAGUGUAGAGCGAACUCGUGCUAUACUCACAACUACCAUCAGCAUUCUGAAGAGAGAAGCCGUUUAUCCUAGACGACAGGAAUCUGUUUUCGCUUCUAUUUUUGGAUUGCGCAAAUCUGUUAAAACAUGUGAUCUUUUUGCUAUGCUGGAGCAUUUGAAAAGAGUUAGAGAGGAAAGAGACAUACACAUACCAGAGGAUGGAUACGAAGCAAUGAGUGCUCUAGCAACAGAGCAUGGAGCCCCACAUGCGAUAAAAUGGAUUAGAGAACAUCUGUCUAGGGAGGAAGCAGCAACGCUCUAUAGAGAAAUAACGAGAACAACGGUAGAUGGUGGAUCAUGGGCUCUCUCUACUGUAAGAGAUACAAUGAAGCGUUUGCCUUCAGAAAGGUUUCAAUUAUUGGUGAACAAUGUAGAUAAGAAGGUAUCCAAGGCAUCCCAGGCUAUAGCACGGCGUUCAGAUGCUUACCGUAACGCGAAGCGAAUCAUUGAAGAUUUUAAUUCUGACAAACUAAUAGAAGAUGUACUACGACGCAUGGAACAUCCCAAGGCAAGACCUGUACAAGAGGUUUCUACAUUGCUGGAUGAUCUACUUCAAGUCGAGCUUCCAUCUGCACCUUCCUCAUCUUUACAUGAUCGAAUUCGUGAACUCCUGAAGCCUAUCAAGCCAUACAUUUUAGGUUUAACUCCAAUGUGCAAGGCACUGAAGCAUGCUACAGACAUGUUUAAAGAGACUACAAGAACUCGAGUUUUGUUUAUUCUUUCAGAUGGAGAUUCAACUGAUGGAGAUCCACAUGAGAUUGCUCAACAACUUCACCAAUUAGAUGUGAUCAUAGUCACCUGUUUUCUUACAUCAAAUCGCAUAGACAAUCCUAGACGUUUGUUGUAUAAAGCCGAUCCUAAGUGGAGAGGUCGAAAUGGCAGACAAGUAUUGUUUGAAAUGAGUUCAACUAUGGAGAAUACUCAUACCCCAAUAUCACACCUUAUCGAUGCAAAUUGGGAACUUCCCUCAGCAGGCGAAAGUCGUUUGUUCGUUCAAGCCAAUAGUUUGGAUGUGGUUAAUGAGUUUUGUGAAAUUGUUGUUUCCAAGUUGAGAUCCAACUGAGUUUCUAUAAUGGCUAGAAACAGCUAGAAGUCUAACAGACUGUACAAAUACUUUCUACAAUCGUUAACUGGGCUUAUUUGGCUUGACAUGUAGACAGUUCACUGAAACUAAAUAAAGACUAAAGACAAGCAGUUGCCCUGGCAUAUGACCAGGCAGCUCAUAUAGGGAGUGUGCAGUUCUAGUAUGGAGUUUUGCACGUCCUUCACAUUUUUGUAAUCAGCCAGCAGGUCUUAUUGUAUCAACAGCCGGAGUCUACUUGUCUAGGAAAGGAAACCGACGGUAGGUCAAGCAUUAAAAUUUUAAAAUUUACAAUGCUUGACGUAUUAGCUUGGUUUCCUUCUAAAAUUGUGUAACUAUGCUUAUUAAUCUACCAGACCUGAGUCGUCUGUCAACUUUAGAACAGUGUCCUGCUCAAUUAUGUUAGAGAACAUGCACGCGCUGUUAGUGGGGCACGGAAUUGUCUGAAACAGACGUGGCCAGCUAGCCCAGGUCUGACUGUACAAGAAAUGUAAAUAGUUGUUGUGAAGACAGAAACAGUAGGAGUGUU